AUGACUAUGCCUCCUGCCCAACUGCCGGCAUUUCCAGUACGCGCGGUCCCUGUGCAGCCCAUGACCUAUGCUUCCCCAGCAGGGCCGACCGCGUCUCUCAUGCCCCCUGUCUGCGCAAUCCCGGCUCUCAUGCCUGUUGAUGGAGCAUCAGCAGCGCCGCCCAUGUAUCCUGUGCUGGUAUAUAUGGUUAUGGAAAUCCCCGCCGGCAUGGACAUCUCCCAAUAUGUUGCACCAGCACCGGUCAGCUACUCUCCGGCCCCUUUCGCACUUCAAGCACAGGCCCCCAUGACAUCCUCGGCUGCAAUGACCUCACCGUUCCAGGGAUUCCAGACCGUUGGACCAGCACCUGUUACACAACCUGCGUACCCGAACUACGACACGUACCCACAGCGGCAGAUGGCUGCGCCCCCGGCCCCAUACAUGUACUCGGCCGCCCCGCAAGCAGCGCCAAGAAGGAUGGACCACUGCGGCUGCAACGAUGGUGCGAUCAGCGCGAUCCCCCACGAGGACUUGCUGGAGGCAAGUCACAGCGACUGGAUGACACCAAGCGGCGAAGGCCAUGACGCAGGCACAAGCUCUACCGCCAACUCCGGAUCCACCUGUGACAAGUGUGAUGGCAACCACCCUACAGACAGGUGCCCCCACUUUGAGAAAGAGCGGGAGAAGCACAAAGAUGCCUGGGUCAACCGCGGCUGCAAGAGGAAAAUGGGCGGUGACCCUGGCAAUUUCAUCCUCAGGAACGCGGAGCUCGUUCAGCAGCCUCAAGAUGGAAGCUGCUUGUACCAUUCCCUCAGCCACGGCUUAGGCGGCACCACUGCGGGAUGCCUUCGUCGAGAGCUGGCGCAGUUCGUCCAAGAUCACCCUCACCUGGACAUUGCCGGAGACGCCCUCAAGGAGUGGGUUCGGUGGGACUCUGGUUGCUCUGUUGGCGAGUACGCCCGUCGUCAGAGAGUAUUUGGGUGGGGCGGUGGCAUCGAGAUGGCUUGCUGCGCCCAUCUGAAGAACGUCAACAUCCACGUUUACGAGCGCAGCCGCGGGAGCAUCUGCGAUUUCAAGCGGAUCUCCCGCUUUGACGCCCCGAACCAGGAUCGGCACGUUCGCACAAUCCAUGCCAGGCAUGGCCACCAGACCCUCAAAGGCAAAGAUAAUGAGGAUGCCCACUUUCAACUCUAUGGCGAGGCGGCACAGCACAGGCCCGUUCCGAUGCCCAUGGCCUCCAUCCCUGAGCUGGGCUCGUCCAUGCCGAUCCGGAAUCAAAUGCGAGCCGAAGCGGCACCGUUCAUUCCUGGCUCCAUGCCACUCAGCGUCCGAGCGUAA